UACUCUACUUAUUCCACGACCAUUUCACAAUAUGCAUGAACAUAACACAAAGCCCAUAAUCUUCGUGUCACAACAAACCAUUUUGGCAAAAGUUUUGAAACUUGCCGUUACCGUGCGUGCCAACUACGAAAGAACUGGAACUUUAUUUUUACAUUCGAGAAAAUUCGGUUCAAGAUGCGUAUAAGCUCUUUUGCUACAGCACCGUGAGUUCUACGUAAUUUUAUGUAAUAUAUUUACUAUGACAACACGGCAGAGAUCAUCAGGCUCGAUUUCACGAUCGAUCUAACGAGAAAAAAACCUAUAAGGCUUCGCCUAAUAAAAUAAGUCAAAAAUUCAUAACUCGGCCGUAACUCGCGCAAUUCGCCAAACGCUUAUAUCUGGCGACUACAGCACACACCGUCAUAGGUGGACUGCGGAGCGAGUUUGCGAAUAGAAAGCGACACAAGUAUAGCCGUCGGAUUUUCGGCGGGGCCCGGCGAAUUCUUCUUCUCUUUUGGAUUCGCCACCACCAGCAGCAGGUAUUGGACCGGACCUACUCGCGAAACCCCCGCGGUUCCUCCCGUAUAAAAGCUCGGACUCGCGCUCCCAAAGCCAGUCGCAUCUUCGUAGGCUUUUCGCACAGAUAGCAGCAGCAGCCCGCAAUUUUCGAAUCCCGAUCAACAUGAUUGCUAAGGCAUUGAUCUUGUUCGCCCUGGUGGCUCUGGCCCUGGCCGAGGUGUCUCAGGUGGAGGAGAAGGUUGAAGUGAAGAAGCACGUGGAGGAGGAGCCGCAGCUCGAGAAAAAGACCGAGGAAGUCACCGACGAAAAGAAGCACAAGCGCGGACUGCUGGAGCUCGGCUACGGCUACGCUUCCCCCUACGCCUACUCGCACCUCGCCAUUCCGACCGUCUACACCCAGGGCGUCCACACCAACACCGUCAUCACCAAGGAGGUGCCCGUCGCUGUGCCCCAUCCCGUGGCUGUGCCCGUUGAGAAGCACGUGCCCUACCCCGUCAUCCAGAAGGUCGCCGUGCCAGUAGACCGCCCAGUCGCCGUCAACGUGCCCAGACCCUACCCCGUCGAAGUGACCAAGCACGUCCCAGUGCCGGUCGACCGUCCAGUUGCUGUGCCUUACCCAGUGGUCAAGCACGUGCCAGCUCCCUACGCCGUCCCCGUGGUCAAGCACGUCCCGGUGCCCUACGCUCAGCCCAUCAUCUACGAGAAGUACAGCCACGCUUACCCAAUCUCUGCCUACACCACCUGGUAAACGGUGUAUGAGGAAGCAGCGGAGGUAUGCCUCGAUUCAGCCAUAGUAUAGAUACUGCGCCCGAUGGAGUUUCGCCUGCAGGGAAGAUAAGGACUCUGGAGGUACAAGGACGCAUCGGGAGGAGUAUCGAGAGCCACUGUUGGUGGGCCUGACUUCUUCAGCUGGCUCACUGGUACACUGAGCUUAUUUUUCUUCCAAACGCCGAGAAUCGAGGAAGCCAUCCGCACAGCGGGGAUUGGUUAUUGUUGAUUACGUCGACGAAGUGUUUAAUCGAGUCGAUUACCUACUCCGACGAUCUCGCUCAUCUUCGCUUCUUGUUACUUCUUGUUAGAUGCAAGUUUUCUACGUUUUGUGUACAACACCUGGGGCCUCAUCAUUCUCACCUUUAAAUAAAUACCUUUGUCAAUGAA